AUGACCAGGAAGCCUUUACGAGUACUAUCCCUAUUUGAUGGGAUAUCUGCGGGGUAUGUAGCUCUACAAGAAGCUGGUCUUGCUAUUGAAAAAUACUUUGCUAGUGAAAUAGAUGAAGAUGCCAUAAGAAUUUCAAAAAUUAAUUCUAAAGGUGGAAUAUGUCAUCUAGGAGGUGUUGAGCAAAUUGAUGAAAAUGUUAUAAGAGCAAUAGGGCCUAUUGACUUAUUGAUUGGUGGUUCACCUUGUGUUGACUUAAGCUUAGUAAACCCAGCUAGAAAAGGAUUAUUCGAUUCACAAGGAACAGGACACUUAUUUUUUGAAUACAUCCGAAUUCUACAUCUGGUUCGUAUGGAAUACAAGAAUGUUAUUUUUUUAUUUGAAAAUACUGCUGCCAUGCCAGAAAUAUUUAAGGACACAAUUUCUCAUUUUCUUGAAUGUGAUCCUAUAAAAAUAAAUUCAAAAGCUUUUUCGCCUCAGAUUAGAGCUAGAUACUUUUGGGGAAACAUCCCUAAUAUGAAACUUCUGAAAAAGAAAGUUGAUACUACAAACAUCAAACUUGCGAAUUUUAUUAGUCCCUUUUGUAACAGGGUUGCAAUUGUUGAAAAAAUAAGAACUAUUACAACUAAUUCAAAUUCCCUUAGCCAAGGUAAAGAAAGAAUUCCAGCUGUUAUGAUGGAAGGAGAAUAUAAUAAUCUAUGGAUAACAGAAAUAGAAAGAAUUUUUGGCUUUGCAACUCAUUACACUGAUGUUGGGAACAUAUCUUUACGAAAAAGAUUAUUACUAUUAGGAAACUCUUGGAGUGUUGCAACAGUAAAGGAAAUAUUUUAUUCCUUGAGAAAUCAUUUCUGUACUACCUAA